AGGAAAAGUGACUUUAACGGACGCUACUUUUGGCCUCCUGCUCGCCGUGUUUGUGCUCUGCGGCCUGGUUCUGCUGGGCCUCCUGGCCUUUGGCUCCUGGAAGCUGUGCGGGCCGUCCGGCCGGAGCAAAGCCAGCUUCCCCGGUCCGUCCCGGAGCCCGGAGCACCACCCGCUGCAGCCGGCCUCGCCGCCGCCGCCGCUGCCGGGCCCCCACCACCACUACCAGCAGCAUCGACAGCAGUGGCAGCCGGCGGUUACCAUGGCGACAGAGAAAGUGAAAGACCCCGUGGGCCCUAUGGGCUUCCUGGAGGCGGCCGUGAAGAUAAGUCAUACAUCUCCUGACAUCCCCACCGAUGUUCAGCUCUCCAUGAGGGAGCACUUCCUGCGCCGCACGCAGCGCAUGCAGAGGCAGACCACGGAGCCCGCCUCCUCCACCCGGCACAACUCCUUCAAGAGACACCUUCCCCGGCAGAUGCAGGUGGGCAGCCUGGACCUGGGCAACGACUUCAUGUUGGACAAGGAGGAGAAGUCCACCAGCAUCGGCCGCAUCCAGCCGGAGCUCUACCAGCAGAAAACCUUGGAGUCGGAGGACUCGUCCAAGAACGGCAGCAGCAAAAACUGCGGCAGGAUUAACAUCUCCCUCAAGUACGACUACGACAGCGAGGGCCUGGUGGUCAACAUCAUCCAGGCGGAGGACCUGCCCGCCAAAGACUUGUGCGGCACGUCCGACCCUUACGUCAAGAUCUACUUGCUGCCCGACCGCAAGAAGUUCCAGACGCGCGUCCACCGGAAGACCCUCAACCCCACCUUCGACGAGAGCUUCCACUUCCCCGUGCCUUACGACGAGCUGGCCGCCAGGAAGCUCCACAUGAGCGUCUUCGACUUUGACAGGUUUUCCCGGCACGACAUGAUCGGGGAGGUGGUGCUGGAAAACCUGUUUGAGAUGUCCGACCUGUCCCGCGACACCAACAUUUGGAGGGACAUCGACUACGCCACCAGCGAGAGCGUGGACCUCGGUGAGAUCAUGUUCUCACUCUGCUACCUCCCCACUGCUGGCAGACUCACACUGACGGUCAUCAAGUGCAGGAACCUGAAGGCCAUGGACAUCACUGGAUACUCAGAUCCGUACGUGAAAGUGUCGCUUAUAUGCGACGGCCGGCGUCUGAAGAAGAAGAAGACGAGCAUCAAGAAGAACACUUUGAAUCCCACCUACAACGAGGCCAUCAUCUUCGACAUCCCGCCUGACAGCAUGGACCACGUCAGCCUGCACAUCUCCGUCAUGGACUACGACUUGGUCGGUCACAACGAGGUCAUCGGCGUGAUGCGGGUGGGCUGCAAGGCCGAGGGUCUGGGCAGGGACCACUGGAACGAAAUGUUGGCUUACCCUCGCAAACCCAUCGCACACUGGCACCCCCUGCUGGAGUCCAAGAAGUCGGAGAAGGAGUGGAAAGCGAGGACGGCGAGCUUUGACAGCCAGGGCUCCUGCCCCUCCCCUCGCCCCCCAGCGACACCCUGAGAGGCGCCACCUGAGACCCCACCCCCCGCCACCCAGUGUGGGGGUUAAGCGGCGGUGGUGCCGCUGUGUUUCCUGCCUCCUGCUGCUCCACUUCCUGUCUGUCUGACUGUGUACUCACCCCCCAACCAGGCUCCUUCCUCCCACUCCCGCCUUCAGCAGGUCAGAUCAGACGUUUGGGCGUUUGAGGGCAUCGCGGUGGGCCGUCCCUCCUGGCUUUCCAGAAGGUUAAACCAAGCGCAUAGUCCUUGUCGACGGGAAGGUCCGGGGGUUUACCGCGGGAGAUUUCUUCGUCUGAAACAGGAAGUCAGAGGAGACAAAAAUAAAAUAAGUGUUGCGUAUAAAAAAACAAAAGUAAAAAAAAAAAAUUUUGUGUUAAAUCAACAACAAUAUUAUGUAAUAUUUGAUUUUUCCCCGCUAAGCGACUUUGCAGCCAAAAUGGAAGAUGUGUAAUUGUUUUGUUUAAAUUGAUUUAAACAAUCUUAAUAUUAAUAAAAACUUAAUUCAAUUAAAAAAUAGGUUAUGACUAGGGCUGCAACUAACGAUUAAUUUGAUAAUCGAUUAAUCUGUCGAUUAUUACUUCGAUUAAUCGAUUAAUAAUCGGAUAAAAGAGACAAACUACAUUUCUAUCCUUUCCAGUAUUUUAUUGGGAAAAAAAACAGCAUACUGGCACCAUACUUAUUUUGAUAAUUGUUUCUCAGCUGUUUGUACAUGUUGCAGUUUAUAAAUAAAGGUUUAUUUAAUUUUUAUUUAUUUAUUUUUUUUAAAGCUUCUGUGCAUGCGCAUAGCAUAGAUCCAACGAAUCGAUGACUAAAUUAAUCGGCAACUAUUUUUAUAAUCGAUUUUAAUCGAUUUAAUCGAUUAGUUGUUGCAGCCCUAGUUAUAACCCAUAACACUGAAUCAGUGCCAUUUACUUUCUCUCCUUUUUUCAAACCCUAAAUCUGACAAUACACAUAUUUAAAUUCACUUCAGCACAAUGAUCCUGAGCCAAAGAUAACAGGAGUGAGUUUUUAAUCACAUCAAAUAAACACAAAUGACAAACAUGUACGACAGGAAAACGUAACAACGAAAUAAUGCGCUGCAUUGUCAACCCUCUGUCAUAGUUGAAAUAUGAUACAUCAUAAAAUAACUUAAUUUUCUUCGUCGCAUGGCCCGCAGAGGAUGUGAAUGAUGCAACUUCCUGUGGACCAUGUGACCUGUGAAAUGUCUUUUAUUUAUUUUUUUUUAGUAUAAUUGUACUUUGGAGAAGAAGUGACACGAAUAUGUAAAAAAAAAAACAUGUAUGUUUUCAAUGGUUAUAUUUCAUGGUAAAGUCUAACAACUAUUUUUCCAAUGUUCAAAGUAGUUUAAAUCCAUCUUUUAAAUUGUACUUAUUAAAUAUGCAAUCCCAUUAAUUGCUUCAUAAAAUGAGCACGUACAGUUAACUUUAUCCUGCUUUUAUACAUUUAAUAAUGGCACUGGUUGGGUGGAAACGCCCAUAAAUAAAUGAGCACAAGUCGUCACUUUCUCCGGGCGUUUUUUUCCCCUCCUUGGUGGUUUCUCCUCGUUUUGUACAUUUUCGUGUAUAUUUUCACGUACAGUUGUGUUUCUUUCCCGGUAACCAGAGCGCGCGUGCGGCGCGUGCAUGAAGCAGCCAUGUUUGAGCCUACACAGUGUGGCGUAACCAACGGUGAUGUUUGGGGAACUAAACAAUCCCUCUUCUGAUACAAUCACACGGACGCACGAAAAAAGUGUGCAAAAAAAAAAAAAGGAACGAAAUGAGCAGUUUGGUAGCAGCAGAACAUGGCGGCGAAAAACAUUAAAAGUAGCGAGCUUAAAUGAACGUCACGAAAAACUGUCGAUGCCAAAUUGUACGCACACGACGGCGCAGCAGCGUCACUAAACACAUGCAACUUCACAAAAAGCAACGACGUCUGAAAGACACACGAACCCUCAAAACACAAAGCAAGUGCAA